AUGAGAACAGGAGUGGCAGUGGAUCUCGCCAGCGGCACCGCCGCUGGAGCGGCGCAGCUGCUUGUGGGCCAUCCCUUUGACACAAUCAAAGUUAAUAUGCAAGUUGGCAGCGCCGACACCACAGCCAUGGGGGCAGCUCGCAGAAUUGUGGGCACCCAUGGCCCGCUGGGCAUGUAUCGCGGAUUGGCCGCGCCGCUUGCCACCGUGGCCGCCUUCAACGCGGUGCUGUUCAGUUCCUGGGGCGCGACGGAGCGCAUGCUGUCACCAGACGGUGGGUGCUGCCCGCUGACGGUGGGCCAGGCAAUGCUGGCCGGUGGACUGGCAGGGGUGCCGGUUUCUUUGCUGGCCACACCAACCGAGCUGCUCAAGUGCAGGCUGCAGGCGCAAGGAGGCGCGCGGCCGCCACCGGGCAUGGUGUACAGCCUGGCCGACAUUCGUGCGGGACGGGCGCUGUUCAACGGGCCUCUGGAUGUGCUGCGCCACGUGGUGCGUCAUGAGGGCGGCUGGCUGGGGGCAUACCGUGGGCUUGGCGCAACCCUUCUUCGAGAAGUUCCCGGCAAUGCAGCGUACUUUGGUGUGUAUGAGGGCUGCAAGUACGGGCUGGCGCGGUGGCAGUGCAUCCCCACUUCGGAGCUGGGACCUGCCUCCCUGAUGACUGCGGGCGGAGUUGGUGGGGCAGCGUUUUGGAUUGUCACAUACCCUUUUGACGUUGUGAAAUCGAGACUCCAGACCCAGAACAUUCAUGCUCUGGACCGCUACCAUGGCACCUGGGACUGCAUGACACGGCUGUACUCGGCCCAGGGCUGGCAGGCGCUGUGGCGCGGCUUUGGGCCUUGCAUGGCACGUUCAGUCCCCGCCAAUGCGGUGGCAUUCCUGGCGUUUGAGCAGGUGCGCGCUGCCCUCAGCCAUUGA